AUGCCGCGCAGGGCAUUCCUCGGCAGGCCACGGGAGCCCGAGCUGCCGCGGUUGCUUCCUGCGCCAGCUGCUCUGCAUCAACACCACGUGUUCGCACAAAAACUCGUGAACACGCAUGAUGUCGGCCCCGAUGCCGCGCCGGGCAGCAGGCCGCGGGAGCUGCGGCCGCCGCGGCUGCUUCCUGCGCCAGCUCGUCUGCAUCAACACCACGCGUGUCCGAACAAGAACUCGCGAACACACAGGAACAGAAAGCUGCGCAAUCGGACUCAUCGAGGCCAACGGCUCUUCGUGCACCUAUUCCUUCGCAAUUGCUGGCGUCGGCGGAACGACCCCCGUGGCCACGGCGCGCAGGCUCCGCAGGGCCCGGAGGCGGCCCAAGAGGCCUCCAAGACCGCAGAGAAGGAGGGGGCCGGAUCCGCAGCAGCUGUACGCAGACAGCACGACGAGGAGAACGCGGAAGCCGCACAUCUCUCUCUGGGGUCGGCGGAAAGGCGGAAGCCUCUCCAACAGGAGUUUGAAAGUAGGCGGCAAAGCGACUCUUGA